AUGUUGACCGCUCUGGGGAGGGGAACGUUCCGAGAGUUACCGUUCGAAAAGGAGUGUGGGGAAGACAACAUUUGCCGUGACCAUCUCAGGGUGAGACUCGAUAUCGUGGGGGCCCAGUUCAUCGUGGUCGGCAGCUACUCCACCCUCACCCUGGAGGUGACGCUCCUCAACGCCGAUGAGAAUUCCUACUUCACCGUGGUCACCUACCGGGUUCCCACCGGCCUGACGUUCAGGAAGACCUCCAUCAUUUCGUCCAAGCGCAGGGCGCACAUCGAAUGUGACGACUCCAAGAACAGCAAGUACGCGGCGGUGGGCAUCGUAACCUGCGACGUCAACCACCCCAUCUUCCGUAGUAACAGCACGAUCCGAUUCAAUACGACAUUUGACGUUGCGUCAGACGUGGAGUGGAAGUCGAGCGAGGAAAUCAGCAUUAAUGCCACCAGUGACAAUGAUCAGCGAAAUACUAUGGGCAGCUUUGUUGCCAGAAGAAUUGGAGUAAAAUACGAGGUGAACGUGAUUAUCAAAGGGAUUGAAUCGACGCAAUACAUUAACUUCAGUACUGGAAAUGCUGGGGAAAAACCUGUUCAGCAUGUCUACAGGGUUGAAAACAUUGGACUGCAGUCCCUCCCUGUCAAUGUCACCUUCGCAAUUCCGGUGAAAAUUGGGCCUGGAAUGAGCUGGGAGCAGGUGAUUGUGAACACCUCCGAGGGAAAUGAGCAAGAUCGUGUGCUGACUCCAGAAAGCGGGCAGACAGUGGACUGGCACAGGCUGAUGCCCUCCAACAACUCCCAGGUCUGUAACAUAUCAACGUGCCAGGUCUUUGUCUAUCAGCUACAACAGCUGAAGCACCGCAGUUCAAUGGUGUUUUCACUGACUGGUCUGGUGAAAUGGACCAAGCCGGAUCAGGUCCGUGCCCAGGAGCUGUCGCUCACCAGCUACGCCGCAGUGAUUUACAACACGGACAAGUACAUCCACGUGUCCCAGGCCACCAACCAGUUCCAGCAGUCCAUGGUCACCACCAGCGUGGAAAUAGUGGAAGAGUUCAACAGUUUGCCAAUCAUUGUCGGUAGCUCGAUAGGAGGCUUGGUCCUCUUGGCACUUGCAGCUGGAAUCCUUUACAAGGUUGGAUUCUUCAAUCGAAGCUACAAGGACAAACUGCUGGAAGAUGCCGGGGACGAUGGCCCAGGUGGAGUCCCCGCUGAACAGUUAGCCCCCGACACAGCCACUGCCUAGUGGGCCUGGGCGUUGGGGUGGGGAUUUGAGCAAGGAACAAAACCCCAGGGAGAUGAGGGAGACGCAGCACCUUCAGAGGAAAUGAGGAGACAGGAAGACAAAUUGGGGGAGGAGGGUUUUUCGUGAACACCUUGAAGGAAGAUGCUUUCGCCACAUCCCUGAUGGGUUCCUGUCUCCCCGGGGACCCGGUAACAAGGGCCCUGUCUCCCCGGGGACCCGGUAACGAUGUUCCUGUCUCUCCCACAACCUCUUUUUGAAGUUAGUGGUCCUGUUAAUAAGACUCUUCCCACCCUGGCUCUUUGGCUCCUUUCAAUAGGGAGUGAAUAUCCCCUUGUCAAUGAAGAUGCCUGACUCUUGCCAAACCUCCUCCUCCAGUAGGACCCCAGAGGAGGGAAGAGGGAGGGGAGAUUGGAUAUGCUCACUCCAGCUCCCCUCCCCGCCAACGCCCCCCACCCCCAACUCCCUGGCUUCCUAAACCUACCCCACGUACAGGAGCCGGUCAGAGAGCGCCUGGGGGGGGGCUGCCUUUGGGGAUGAGGGGAACGGCCACACAGCGGUGUCCCCAAUCUGCGGCCUUCCUCAGCAGGCUCACAACUACCCCAGCCCCCGCCCAGGAAACCGCACCAGGUUCACAGGUCGCAGCUGUCAGGUGAGGGUUUGGGAUGGGUUGGUCGGCAGCAGCGGGUGAGGGGGGUGGGGUGGGGGGCAUAGCAUCACAAGCGGAGAC